AUGAAGUCUGUAAAUAAUACAAUAAGAAUUGGCACUUAAAUGUACUCUAAAUUUUAUUAUUAAAACAGGCAUCAAAAACAUAGGUUAUUGAAAGUUCCAAGAAAAACAAAUCAUCACAUAACACUUGAUCCAAUAAAUAGAUUCAAUUAAGUAAAGGAUUUUGCAAUUAAGAGAAUGGAAUUUAAAUUAGGAAAAUUGAUUGGUUCUGGAUCAUAGGGUCAAGUUUAUUAAGCUAUGAACAUGUACACAGGAGAGAUUGUGGCAUGUAAAAAAUUACUUAAUCACUAAAAAGAUCAGUAAAAAUUAGAUGUAAGAUGUACUAUGUUAAUCAGACCGAAUUAUCUUUUUUGUAGAUUCUUUAACAUAAGAAUAUCAUAAAAUACAUCUUUCAUGAAAGUACAAAAGAUAGCAUCCUUAUUUAUUAAGAAUUUAUGUCUAUGGGUAUAUUAAACUUAUAAAUAUUAGGAUCUAUUUCUUAAUUAAUAAGAGAUUUUGGGCCAAUAAAUGAGUAGACUGUGAAAAGAUAUACUCAGUAAAUUCUCAACGGUUUAGAGUAUUUACAUAAAAAAGGAAUAUUACAUUUGGAUCUAAAAUCAAGCAAUAUAUUAUUAGAUUGUAAUGGAUAAGUGAAAAUUUCAGAUUUUGGAUGUAGUAGACAAAAUAAAGAAAAUUUAUAUUAAAGUAUUUUAUAAGGCAGUGUUCCAUGGAUGGCUCCUGAAGUAGUUAGAUAAGAAAGAAUUGGACCAGCCUCAGAUAUUUGGUCUUUUGGAUGUUUGAUUCUUGAAAUGAUUACAGGUAGACCUCCAUGGAGUGAAUAAAUUAAUUUUGAUAAUCCAGCAACAAGUUUAUUAAGUAUAGGAUUAAGUGGAGAAUAUCCUAGAAUUCCUGAAACAGCAUCAAUAGAAAUAAAGGAAUUGCUCUUAAUGUGUUUCUAAAUAGAUCCAUUAUAAAGAGCUACAUUAAGAAAACUUAAGUAGAGUGCUUUUUUAUAAUGA